AUGGAAGGUAGGAGGAGAAUGGAGGAGAUGGGGGAGAUAAAGAAGGGCCCGUGGAAGCCCGAAGAAGACCAAGUUCUUAAGAACCACGUGAGGAAGUACGGGCCCCGGGAUUGGAGCUCCAUUCGAUCCAAAGGCCUCUUGCGCCGUACUGGAAAAUCUUGCCGCCUUCGUUGGGUCAACAAACUCCGGCCCGACUUGAAAACUGGGGUGAAAUUUUCUGCCGAGGAGGAAAGAACGGUUAUCGAGCUGCAAGCAGAGUUCGGGAACAAAUGGGCAAGAAUCGCGACCUAUCUGCCCGGGAGAACAGACAACGAUGUCAAAAACUUUUGGAGCAGCCGGCAAAAAAGAUUGGCAAGAAUGCUCCACACAUCACCUAAUUGUGCUCCACCACAACAGCCAUCUUCAUCAUCCACCAAGCCGCGCAAGAACACGCCCGUUCAACUUCAGCCCCAAAUUUCCUGUCUUGAUAUUCCCUCUCUAGAGGCACCCAAGUUCAGCUCAUCACAGGAGGAACAGUCGAUAGCAGCAAAGCCCCAAUCUUGCCCGUCUUCCAGCAUCGACGAUCCUAAGACGGUAAAAAUGGCGCCUUUUGCUUACCCGGGCCCACUCAUUUACGAGCCCGGCCCGUUUCAACUCGACUAUGGCCCACCAAACAAGAAGCUCACAACAAACACAGACCAGCCACAGCCGAAUGAGCAUGCAUUCCCACAAGUCCCACAGCUGCAGCAAGAUUUCCCUAUGCCACUCGAGAGCCAAGAGGACAUAGUCACCCGGCUGGGAGAACCUAAUUUUCUGGACGAGUUUGAGAACCCGGGCGGGCCUGCACUUGGCCCAGACAUCAGCUGUUUGAUUGAUGGUUUUCCGCCGAUCGACAUAUUUGAUCACAUACCGAGCCCUUCAGAGUGGUCGUGA